AUGGAAUGUGCAGGAAGGGCUUUGAGCUUUUGGGCCUACCAGACAACCCAAGAAGUUAUAUACCAGCGCUAUCUCGAAAAGACGCUGACGGAGAAGCUGAAAACCCUAAACGUCAAAUUCGAAAAGACGGUGGGUGAUGCGAAUGCCGACAUUUCGAGUCUCCAGGAAAAGAUGCGAGCUCUCUCAGAUGACUACGACGACAUGCGACGGAAACACGAAGAACUUGCGCGUUCCUACCAAGACAAGUGCCGCAAGCUCACACAAGUUCAGGAACUCUACGACAAGGUCAAGCGGGAAGCCGAGCUGGGACAGAUGGAGGCUGCCGCCUCGGAUGCAGUUGACUCCAACCUUCAAUAUGGCUCACAAUUGCCGGCUUUUGAGUUUCCUGAAGCCGCAGCGAGGCAAAACAUCUACGAACCGCAGUCGCAGUCUGCGUACAACAAUGCACAUUCCUACGUCGGGCCGGAAAGGGGACAUCGAAGACCUCUUGCUGGCGGAAGCGGUUCCGGGCCACUUCGCGACGACAGAGCUUGGUCAAAACCAGGACCUGCGCAGGGUAAGCCGGAUACUGUUGACAUGCGACGAAACUGCACGCUGACAAAAUACGAAGGCGGCAUCAUGAGCACCCCACGAGGUACACCCCGAGGACAUGGCAGUGGCAGCCAUGAAAGGUUCGGGCUAUCGACUGCGUCCGGGCCGGGUACGGGAACCGGAACACCAAUGCCUCGCGGUCCUUCGGGGAACCUCCCACUUGUAAGACACCCGCCCAUAUCGCGUGGACGAGGUCUUGGAGUUGGCCUCUCUUCCGGUAUCCGGACUGGUCAUACCAGUCAAAGUAGUCAUGGCUCUACGGGACGCGACGAAACGGAGCCAUAUUUUUAUAGUAUUUCUCCCAUUCUUCGCCUCUGAAACAUCGCGACUAAUGAUUUGGGACAGCAGUCAAACGUCCAGGCCUUGCUCCCGCAGCAUUUAGUCACUUGGCGGACCCGUGACAUGGGCCAUG